CUGGGCCCUCGCGGGGUGCAUUACUGCGCCUGGCGUGGCCUCUGAGCAUGUGCAAAGCGCCCUUCGGGGCCUCUGGUGCGGCCCCUGAGCACGUGUCUUGGGCCCUUGUAUGCCCUUUGGUACAGGCAGUCUCUUAGCACAUGCAGAGCGCACUCUGCUUUAGACACGGCCCCGAGCGCGUGUUAGAACGGCUAUUUGCCGGCGAUGGUGGGGGGCGGCUUUCAACAAAAAACUCAGCUAUGAAUAUAUCGUUACAGCUUUUUCUGUUAUUUGCUCAUUUAUUUUGAACUAUUGCUGGUAAUAUUUUUAUAAAUAUAUAAAAUAUAUCAAAGGUUAUAAAUCUAGUGUUUAAGUGCAAUACAGUACUGAGCGCUUCAUCUCCAACUAGCAGCAGCAGCAUUAUGGCUUUGCUGUUAUGUAAUUUAAGAACUUAGUGUUUUAUUUUGGUGGGGCAUUAAAUAAGAAUUUAAGUGCUUCUAAGACUGCAGUGUGGAAAGAGACAAUUUUGGAUUUCUUGGGUGGAGCGCUGGUGAAAAGGGAUAUAGGAGGAGCUGCUUUCAGCAUGUGCAGAGUGCAAAUGGCACAGCGCCUGUCCUCGUGUAGGCAUGCCUUGGGCUUCAGUUACUUUGGGUUAGAAAUUGGGCACAAGCGCUUCCAGCUGUAAAGGGGAUAUUUCCUUCAGAUGGGGAAGCAAAAAUAGAAAUGUCGUAAUUAAAAUUGAGGAAUGACAGGGGCCUCUAAGCCUAGGCAGAGUGUCUCCCUUUUCCCUGGGGAACAUGGCUGUCAAAAUUGACUUCUGGAUAAGUUCUCCUUAUGUGAGGAAAGGAGCUCCUGAAUGUGCCUCAUGGGCUGGAUUCUGGAGCCAGCCAGCCAGCCAUUGCUUCUUGCUUUUACCUGUGCACCUGCUUCUUUGCUUCUGCUUCCAGUGGGCCCCCCCAGUUGCUCCGGGGAGGAGGCCAAUCCCUUUUCCUUCAAGGAGUUUGUGCGGAGCAAGAACCAGGCUGCCACCACCAGCACCCUGCCAGGGGCCCAGCGGACCAGCGAGCUGCUCCGGGAAUUGAGGCUUACCAGCGGUAUCAGCCCCCAGGAGUCAUCUGGGUUCUCCCCACUAGACAACAGCUCCUUAUCGCCACAAUCAUUUGGACUGAGUCUGGACCUCCGAGAGCCGUUUUUCCCAGACCCGACGGUGACAAACUCCUUGUUGGAUGAUGAAGAGGAUGACUGGAGCACCACAUACCAGCCCUUGGCUGUCGAGGAGGCCCACUCAACCCGGGGCCCCAGUGCCUCGCUCAGCAGCACCUCUGACUCUUUGUACAGCAACCGGUCGGAUGUGUCUGACCUUGGGUCCUUUUCUGCAUGGCAGCUUGGAGGGAAUGGCUCUCAGCCACAGGGCCCUCUCGGGAAGGGGGACCCCAGCUCCCCUCAAGAUGGCGUGGCCACAGGGGAUGGCUUUUUGCCAUCUCCACAGCUGAGUUACGAAGAACUCAAACAAGAAAAUUCCAAGUUAAGGAGUAUGAUCGCCCACAUUGAAACCGUUUCUGAAACUCAGACUGCAAGAGUGAAGCUGCUGGAAAGAACAUUAGAAGAGAGCAAACGAAAAGAAGAGAAAGAGGCCCGUGACUUGGAGGCCAUGGUGCAGCAGGUGGAGGAGAACCUCCAGCUGAUGACGAAACGGGCCGUGAAAGCAGAAAGCAGCGUGAUCAAGCUGAAGCAGGAAAAUGUACUCCUUCAGGCUCAGGUAGAGAGCUUCAAGCUGGAAAAGGAAACCUUGAGGGCCGGCCAUUCGGCCAACGUGGCAUUAAUGAAACGAAACGUGGAUGUGGCCUUGCAGAACCUCCUUGCCGUUGUCACGAAGUCCAGAUCAUCAGUCCAGCAGCUAAUAUCGGGUGCUGAAGAACUGCAGUUGGUGGCCGAGUUUCUCAAGUCCAUAGGCAAGAUCUCUGAGCUCCCACAGGAUUCCUCAUAAAACCCACUGCAAGGACUCCUAGGCCAGGCCCUACCGGCAUGCAAACAGAAAAGUCAGCUUGCUCUCAUCUUGUGCUUCCCUGGACUCCAUCAGAAUCUGCAGCUCAAUCCAACUUAAUCCAGUCACAAUCCAUCUUAAAGCAUUUUGGAGAAGCAGACAAGGUUCUGCUUUUCCAGGCCACCAGGGUUGACUGGUCAUCCACAUAGGUCGGGACUGGGCAGUUUCUGUGGGUUGGGGGAGCUACAUCGCCUCUCUUCCGGAACCCAAUGGGCUCCUUCUCCGUUUUCCCACUAAAGGUGCGGGCCCUACGGGCAGGGUCACCUAGCAGAUUUCUAAGAACCUAGUUCUGCUUCCAAAUAAGAUAAUUUGGCAGAAAGAUGCAGGGUUGCAACUUAUUACAGAGGCAAAUUUGGCAGUGAGGCUGGUGAGGGAAGAAACUCAACCGGCUGGAACAAAGGACAGCAGUGGGCUGCCAUGUUACCUGUCUCAGCAUAGCUUCCAGCUUGAAUUGUCUAGUAAAUUCUUGCUUAAUGUGCGACUCAAAAACUAAUACAAUGUGUCUGAAUCUACCUUCUCUGUGGAAAUCUCAUUCCAGGGUGGAGUAAGACAGCAGCAGCAGAGGCCUUUUUCACCUUUUGUACAGCAAAGAUUUAACCAACACUAUGUGAAUAUGUUGUUUUGAAGCGUCUUAAUUCUUCUAGGUUUUGUAACACUAUUUUUAAAUUAAAAUGGAAUUGCAAGGCA